CAAAAUAUUACAUUGAUGUCUAACAGGCAGGCAGCCCAGUGCAAGAGGGACUACCCUGCUUGCUUGAACAACAUGAAGAUACAUAUUUGGCUUCAGAACACCUCGUACUGCGCUCAAAACAUGCAGGAUGAUUUACUGAUGGACAAAAGCAAAGCUCAGUCUCACCAGCAUCAAGACCCGUCAAAUACAGAGUCUCCAUCCACCCCGACCCCCUCCGACCUGCCGAUCCCGGACGAGCAGAACCACGAGCGGGUCGCCAUGGAGUCUCCAGUAUUGCCGGGUUUGGGUUUCCACCAAGAGUCCGUCGGAUCCUCUCUAUCACCGUCGUUCGGCAGCACUUGGUCCACCAACACCGUAGACGAGAGCUUUUUCCAAGGGAUUCCCUCGGUAAACGGCACGAUGCUUUUCCAAAACUUUCCCCAUCACGUCAACCCGGUUUACGGAGGGAAUUUUUCCCCGCAGAUGAGAAGAUCCCCGGUGAAUGUCAACCAGAGAAACCCCUACAGUCACCAGACCCUCAUCAAUAAAGUGUCCGCGUCGUCCUCCUCUUCAUCCGCCUGGAACAACCAUCAGAACGCCGUGUGGAGCUCCGCGGCGAAUCCCUGGAGCGGCAGAGACCCGCGGAGAGCGAUCGGGCUCGGCGUCCCGUCUCCGCUCAACCACUUGUCUCCAACCAAGAAACCCUUCCCGAGUAAUGUCAUCGCACCCCCGAAAUAUCAGAGACCCGGAGCCCUGCAAAAACCAUGGAUGAUCUCUGAGCCUCCAGAACCCUUUAGAACCGACAACAGCAACAACUUGCUGCCAUUUCAGGAAAGGAAUCGACCCUUCGACCCAUUUAAUUUGCAAACUUUGGAGAAUUCCCUAAUGGACAUGAUUAGGACCGACCAUGACAAAGGUCGCAUGGGACUGAACUUUCACCAUCCAGUAGCCGAACAUAUUUUACCACUGAACACCAGGAGUUAUGGUCGCAGAAGAGGUCGUUCUUCGCUGUUUCCGUUUGAGGACGGCUUCCUGGAUGACGGUCACGGCGAUCAGACGCUCAACCCUGGCCUGAGCUCCCCAACCCGCUGUCAGAACGGAGAGAGGAUGGAGCGUUACUCCCGGAAGGUGUUCGUUGGUGGACUGCCACCGGAUAUCGAUGAAGAUGAGAUCACCAACAGUUUUCGUCGGUACGGACACCUGGUGGUGGACUGGCCACAUAAAGCAGAAAGCAAAUCUUAUUUUCCACCUAAAGGUUAUGCGUUUCUGCUCUUUCAGGAGGAGAGUUCAGUUCAGGCUCUUAUUGACGCCUGCAUUGAGGAGGACGGGAAACUUUACCUGUGUGUCUCCAGUCCAACUAUUAAAGAUAAACCGGUUCAGAUUCGCCCGUGGAACCUGAGCGACAGUGAUUUCGUGAUGGAUGGUUCUCAGCCUUUGGACCCACGCAAGACCAUCUUUGUAGGAGGGGUUCCUCGGCCUCUUCGUGCAGUGGAGCUGGCUAUGAUUAUGGAUCGACUCUAUGGAGGUGUGUGUUACGCUGGCAUUGAUACCGACCCAGAACUCAAAUACCCUAAAGGGGCGGGCCGGGUGGCCUUCUCCAAUCAGCAGAGCUACAUCGCUGCCAUCAGCGCCAGAUUCGUUCAGCUGCAACAUAACGACAUUGACAAACGGGUGGAAGUUAAGCCGUACGUUCUGGACGAUCAGAUGUGCGACGAAUGUCAGGGCGCUCGGUGCGGAGGCAAGUUCGCGCCGUUUUUCUGUGCCAACGUCACCUGUCUGCAGUAUUACUGUGAGUACUGCUGGGCGAGCAUUCACUCCCGCGCCGGCCGCGAGUUUCACAAACCGCUGGUGAAGGAGGGCGGAGACCGACCUCGGCACGUUUCCUUCCGCUGGAGCUGAUGUCAACCCGAUCCGUCUCUCCGCCCAUUCGACCAGUAACUCUUCAAAUACACAUCUGGAUCAUCUUAUCAGUUUUAGUCACAAAUCCCAUAAUGCUUAUGAACAUUUGGAAAAAUACACAUUUUGAGUCUGCGUGCUCAAAAGUUGCACUUUGGCACAAACGUACGUACGUGAUCUACAGUCGAUGUUAACGCUUGUAAGGAUGUUGUGCUCCGAAUCUCUUUUUUUUUGUUGGAUGGUUAGUGCUCCAUACAGGCAACUUUAGACUAUAUAUAUAUAUAUAAAACAUACAUUUACAAAAAGGAUAUAUUUUUUAUUGUCUAUUUAUCUAUAUACACAUAGGUAAAACAUGUCAGGUGUUUUUUUUUAAGGAGCAUGCACUUAUUUAAAAAAAAAAAACAGGUGUUCCCCUAAGAAGAAGAAGAAGAAGAAAAGUUACCAAAGGUAAAAUCACUUUAACAAGUGUAAAAACACCAACUUUACAGUAAAACAUCACUCACAGUUAUAUUAAUAGUAAUACCUCAUGCAUGCAGCUCUUCAGUUCACUCAAUUUGUGCUUUUUAUUUUUUUACGACAGAGUUUUAGUGUUAUGUACAAGUUAUGCUGCAAUAGCUCAUGCUGCUAAAUCCGUGGUAUGAAUUCAUACCCAUCAUUCAGAUUAAAGUGUACAGGCACAGACGAACGGCAGGCGGGUUUGCGUUUGCUCCCCAGAACCGCAUGCUGAAUUUGACGGCUGCAUGCAAUAGCGACGCGGUCACAAACCGAUCAUGACAGGAACACAGAAAAGAACCGCAUUUGUAUGUAUGAUAACGCUAAAACAGGUGAAGUAUUUUUGCAGUGAUUGUUCAUAGAGUUGUGCAAUUUUUUAUACCGUAUGUAGUUCGAUUAUGACGCCUAGAACUGUGAUUUGCUUUAACUGUUAUCGAUGUCUAACACGGGAGUCCUGUGACACUUCGUAGCUAGCGUAUGUACGCAUAUAUACGUGUAUAUAUAUAUAUAAGUUCUCUCACACAGGUGUAUCACACAGAUCAGGAACCAAAGAGUGCUUUUCCCGAUAGAAAUGACCAACUGUUCAUCUCGAUAUACUGUUGUCUGGUGAGGUGAAUGACUCAAACACUGGCUCUCCGAUUAAUAAUCUGCGUUUUAUGAGCUGCACAUGACUUUGUGUGACCGCUGCAUUGAUAUUCAGAUUAUCCUGCAAAGCUUGAAGUCGAAUCAUGAUGAUUUAUUAAACAAUUAAGAAGGGUGGGCGUGGACGGAGAGACGCUCGUGUCUGGGGUGAGGAGGAAGAGUAUUACAUAAGAUGGCUUAUGGAGGCUUUAGCUACACUGGGUUUGGUAAAGAAGACGGACUCAUUGCGUCUCAAAUCCUCGUUUCGUAAGCAUCAUUUUAAGUCCUGAGAGUUAAAAAAAACCUACUUUUGUAUAGAUUGUGGGUAGUGGCGAUGAUGAUGAUGAUGAUUAAGGUUGAAUUCUGGGUCUCUUUGUGAAAUGUAUCCUUCCCAGCCCAGAUUUUUUUCUACGUUCUGUAAUAGGUAAUAUUUGUUAUGCACUACUCUUUGUAUCUGGAUGGUUGAACAGUCAGCGUUUAUUUUUCAUCUUUAUUUUUGUUUAAUAGAGAAAUAUGUGUGUGCUUUCUGACUGACCUGAUCUUUUGCAAUACCUCAAUUUUGAAAUAGGAGAGAGAUCGAUAUUUUCUAAGUAAGUUUAUUCAAAUAAAGAAUAUAUUAAUUUAAUUCUGCUAAGGAGAAAAAAAAUGAUUUAACAUAUCUAUAUAUAUAUAUAGUUAAUUUUAUUUUUGUCAUGCUUGUUUGCUUUUAAUUUUAUUUUUGGAAAAAAACUAAAAACAAAAACAACUGAAGGAGUUUGAGCUGUGUUAUUUUAAUACAAUACUGUAGGAAUCUGAAGUAGAGAUGAUCCUCACAACAUCACAGUGUUUCACAAACAAACAUCAGAUCUUAUUUGUAUUUAUACAUACAAAUAUUAUAUAUAUAUAUGCUAUAUGGUCAACAUGCCUUCAUCGGGUGCUUAAAGUUGAAUAAACGUACUACUUAUGUUUUUUGUAUAUUUACAAUCAGUCCUUCAGUAUGUAUGUUCACCAGAAUAGAAGAAUUUUUUUUAUAUAUAUAUAAUUUUCCCAUGUGGCCCCCCCUUUGUUUUAUAAUGCGCACAUGCCCAAAUUUGUUAACCUUAUAUAAUUAAAGUAUUUUUUGGAAGAGAAAAAAGCCCCGGGAUGCAACGGUGUUGUGGUUUCCUUCUCACCCAAGACUUGAAUUAGUCUCUUUUUUAAGGCUAAUAAAUAAGAACCUUGAUUCUUUGUUGUAAUGUGCAAUACUGUUUGUACCGUUUGUAAAAAAGAAAAAAAAAAAAUGAAAAAGAGGCAUAAAUCUUAUUUUCAUUGCAAGCAUUGUGAUUCACUAAAAUCAUUUUCUACUGUGUAUUUACUCGACAUGCUCGUACCUUCCAGUAGUAAUGUAGCCUUUGUACUGAGAAAUUUUUUCAUUAUUUUUAACAAAAAAGACAUAUUUACGUAUUUUCCAUUUUUAUUAUUUUUUAUUUUGUGGUUGGUUUCUUUAGACAGUUAUUCCUCAGUCAUUUCUGGGGCUAGACUUUCAUAUCUGGUCAAUGUUGUUUGAUAUUAUUUUGUAUUUUUACUUGGAAUAAAUUAAUUUUUAUGGCUCUAAUUCUUAAAUUCUUUUUUGUUUGUUUUUUUUUAAGCUGAAAACUUUGUAAAAUUGUUACUAAAAUGUCUAGAUUUUUGAAAUGCAAUGCUUGUUAACUCUCAGAUGUUGCUUACAUAUGCGAAGUAUGGAAAAGAAUGCACACAAACAUUAACACGAUUUUGUGAUUAAAAGUGGAAGAAAUAAAUGGGCAAUAAAAACGAUGGCAAAAUGGAGCAAAUGUGAGGUUGUUGUGAUGAAACCUGGGUCAAGACAUCAUUUAAUGAACCGUUGUCAGAUUUAUCUACAUAUAUCUAUCUCUCAUGUAUUUAGCAAAGUGGUUUGAUCAUAUAUUACUGUCAUGCUAAGACACAAUUGCAUGAUUUCUUUGCAGUGAUUUGUGUUUGUCGUAUCAUGUCCCAAAAUGCUUUUUAUUAAUUAAAGAGAAUGGCUCAUCAAAACACAAACCUUAAAAUGUCAUUGUCAAUUUUUCACUCAUAGCAUUUUGCAUUGCAUAUGCCCAUUAAUAUACUGCUGUAUGAGUCACAAACCAGUUAAACCCAUAUAUACACAUUUAUACCUGUAGCUGGAUCAUUGUCUUGUGGUUUUUCUCUUCUGCCACACUUUUCGCUCCAUUUGUCAUUUUAGUUAAAAUAUAAACCUGUUGAUGGGUAACCUCGCUACCAAGUGUAAGAUUUAAUUUUCUUAAUUUUUACUUCCAUCUUUGCAAGACUUUGAGAUUGUUUGACCUCUGCUUGUCUAAAUUUGCAGUAAAACUGUGAUUAAGGAAUUUUAAAUCAAAUGAAAGCAGUACUGCUAAUGCUUACUAGGUUUUCCACCUUCAUAAUUUCUCUUUUCUGUACUUGAAUGAAAAUCUUAUUAAAUGUAGUUGUAUGACA